AUGCCGACCCAAGCCCCGUCAUCGCCCGUGCUUUGCUCGUUUGCCUCGCCUACCGAAUUGUGCGACGCGCUCGCCCAUUUCAUCGUCAAAGCCCAAAAGGAGGCUGUCGAGAAGAAGGGCCGUUUCACCGUCGCCAUCUCUGGCGGCUCUUUACCCAAACAACUGAAUGCUCUCAUUGGAAAACCCGGCGUGAAGUGGGAUAAAUGGCAAGUCUUCUAUGCCGACGAGCGCGUCGUGCCUCUAGAUCAUCCCGACUCCAACCAUCGUCUCUGCAUGGAUGAGCUUUUCUCCAAGGUCCCCAUCCCUGCCGACCACAUACAUACGAUCGACCCCUCUUUUGCCGACGACCUCGAGGAGCUUUCUGACGCAUACGAGAAGGAGCUUAUCCGCGAGUUUGCCCAGAAGGACUCCGCCCGUUUCCCUGUCUUCGACCUCAUUCUCCUCGGCCUCGGCCCGGACGGACAUACCGCGUCUCUUUUCCCAGGCCACCCCCUUCUUACAGAAGAUGACCGAUGGGUCGCAUAUAUCGAGGACAGCCCCAAACCUCCGCCGAAGCGCAUCACUCUUACUUAUCCUGUCAUCAACCACGCUGCUCGCAUUGCCUUUGUCGCGAGUGGUGCUGGAAAGGCAGACACACUUCAAACUGUCCUCGAUAAACCAGAGGAGGGUCUCCCAGCAUCGCGGGUACGGCCUGUGCAUCCUGGCCAAUUGUACUGGUUCGUGGACGAUGCGGCUGUAUCCAAAGUGGAGUACCCGAGGACAUCUUUCAAGCUCUAG